AUGCGAAUUCGUAUUGAAAAAGAGAAAGUAGAAACGGAAAAGGAACGAGUCGAGUUGAAUCAACAGGCAAAGCAGGUUGAACAAGCCCGAAAAAAUCUUACAGAAGAUCAGAAAGAAUUUAUUGAGCUUCAAAAAGACUUGUGUAUUUUGAAAGAGCGUCUUGAAAAUUCAAGAAUGGAAUUAGAUCAGAAAACUGCUCAUUUCAAUAAACAAAAAGAAAUCUAUAUAAACGCUGAAAAAGAUUUGAACUCCCAUAAGGAAUUAAUUAGUAAAAAAAUCUCCAGCCAGUCAGAUCAUAUUAAGGUUCUUAAAAAAUUAGUUAGUGAUCAAGAGAUUGAAAUCAAAGAAUUAAAAACUAAAAUAAAUGAUGUUGAAGGAAAAUCUGGUCCGUUGAAGGAAAGGGAAAGAAAAUUACGAGAAUGGGAGAGAGAACUCAAUGAUGAAAGCGAUAAAAUUAAAGCAAAAACUGCAGAAAGUCUUAAAUUAGAAACUAAAAUAAAUGCUGAAAUAGAAGCUUUUGAAAAAUAUAAGUGCGAACAAUUGAAAGAUAUUGAAGAGAGUUACUCAAAUCUCACCAAGCGCGAACAAGAACUGUUAAAGCACAUAGAAGAGAAACAAAAGUUCUUGUCUGAAGAAGAAAAAAAACUUCAAGAUAUGAAAAAUCAUUUGUCCAAAAUGUCUCAGUCUUUUAAAGAGCGUGAAAAAAACAUGUUAGAUGGCGAAAACGAGCUCGAAUCUAAAUAUAAUGAUAUAAACAACAAAAUUCGCAGGCUAGACGAGAAGGAAGCUCAAUUAGAACAGCAGAGAAAAUCAUUUUACGUAUGGGAAAUUGAACUAAAUACCAAAGCGCAAAAAUGUGAGGAAAAAGAGCGCGCUUUCUUAGCUUUAACUGAACAACAAGAAGUUAUAAUUAGAAAGUUUGAAGCUGAGAAAAAGCGUGUAACAGACAUGGCUUUAGAUUUAGAACAAGAUGAGAUUAAAUUUAAAAAAGAAAAAAAAAGUGUCUUGAUGCUUAAAAAGGAAAUGGAAGCACUUCAAGAAAAAUUGCAACGCAAAGAACAAGAUCUAGAAAAAAAGUUUUUGGAAAAGGAACAUUUAAUUAAAACCAGUACAAAAGCACCAAUUUAUAUAUGA